AUGUAUCAUACGGCCAAAUAUUGGCCACUUUCGGACAUUUAUAUGGACCGAAACAGUACCAGCUUGGUUCAAAGCUGUAAACCGUUGUAUCGUCUUGCAGUGGAAGCUGUCACAAGCAGCUUCGCCAAUAACCCACGAUGUCCGAAUCGCAGAGCUGCAAUCGAGGAAUUGCCACUGGGUACACGGUUGGACUUGUUAGCUGAAAUGUGUGACUAUCCUAGUUUGGUGGAGGUUCAGCUAGAGAUUGUUUCCGAUCCGCUACUAGUCAGUGACUUUAUCAGACACCUGUCUGGUGAUCUAACUCCGCUGGUGCAAUGCUUUCAAUGGCUUCAAAGUGUAAAAAAAUCCGUUCCGAUCCAGCUGUUUCGUCAGUACAAGAAACUAGACGAGGAGAAGUUCCGUAAGGGGAGCUUUUCCCGUCUAGAUUACAAAUGUGGCCUACGAAUAGGAACUUUCCUCAUCGAGACUGGAUGGACCGUAGAAGCAAUCGGAAUACUCCGACUUGCCCGGCAACAUACUCGCUUUGGUACGGAGGAGGAACUUACUGUGUUGCGGCAGCUGAUGCGAGCUCAAACACUUUCCGGGAAGCUGAUCAACGCCAGCAAAACGUACGGAUGUAUGCAAAUGAUACUGAACAAUGUGAUAUGGGCUUCCAAAUUUACCCCAGAAAUUCCCGACGAAGCAAGCAAGCUGCAGAGUUUGCAUGAUCUGCAGGUCGCUGUUUUCCAUUCAUUCGCGCUGUACCAUUUUGAGGAUCUAAACUUCAAUUUCAGCUACGAGUAUGGUAUGCAGUCGUUAAACCGAAUCAAUAAACGAUCUCCCUGUCGGCUAGUUAUUGAUGUUCUUCGGCAGCUUGUUCGCGCUUGUCUAGGACGCCGAAUGUACUCGAAAGCCACAUUCGUACUCGAACUAGCAAUCGGCUUAGUUGUGCAAGAAUACGGAAGAAAAAGUGCACUGUACGCGGAAACAUUGGAAGAUCUGGCCAUUCUGAUGCUGGCCUGCAAUAAGGUCAGUGAAAGUGUGGAAGUGUACUCGGAAGCUCAGCACAUCUAUUUACAGUUGUACGGUUCACGGAAUUUGUCGAUCUCGCAUGCACAGGGUAAUUUAGCGUACGGGUUAUGUCUGCAGGCGUACGUUACUGGGCGUCGCGAUGCCGCAAUGCUUCAUGUUGCGAAAUCUGUCGGAAACUAUAAGCGCAUCUUGGCGCCGGAUCAUCGUAUGCUGAUACAAGUCAAUCGGUUACAUGCUACAAUAGAUUUGUUUACGUUCCCUAAUAGUGUUAAUACACGAAUUGAGGUGACACUGUUUAACCAUAAGGAUAUUGAGCCAUUUUCGGUUAGGGAUGUCUGUACUAAGUUACAAUUAAUUCAAAACAAAUAA